AACGUGAGGAUUAGAGGGGAAAAAGAACGACAGGAAAGAGAGGCGAGUCAACAACCGCCGCGAGCGGAAGAUAAGUGAAGGCGAAGCUCCAUGGCGGCGGCGACAACAACGGCGGCGUACACGGCGGUGCUGGGGGGAACUCGCCUCCCCUCGGCGGCUUCCGCCGCUCCUCGGAACCCCUACCUCCUCCUCUCGCCUUCCCCUCGCCGCUUCUCUUCCUCCUCCCUCCCUCUUGCUUCGUCGUCUCUCCUCCCAGAUGCACACAGGUUUUCUUCACUCCAUGUAAAAGCCACUUCUUCGUCAGAAGAGACAUCUAGUUCUGCUGACGACCUCCUGGCGGAUUUAAAGGAGAAGUGGGAUGCUAUCGAGAACAAAUCCACAGUUUUCCUUUAUGGAGGAGGUGCAGUUGUUGCAGUUUGGCUGUCUUCCAUUCUUGUUGGUGCCAUCAAUUCUGUCCCGCUGCUUCCGAAGCUAAUGGAGUUAGUGGGGCUUGGAUAUACUGGAUGGUUUGUGUAUCGCUACCUACUUUUCAAGCAAAGCAGAAAAGAGUUAGCCAGCGAUAUUGAAGCUUUAAAGAAAAAGAUUGCAGGAACAGGUGAAUAACUGCAGUUGGCCUAGCAAUUUCUGAAGUACCUCCAGACCGCCUGUAUUAGAGACACUUUCAAUAAUGUAUUUGUAACUGCUGUAUGUCAUUUCUAUUAUUAAACAGUUUUUCUCCCUAUAAUGGCAUUGACUAUUUGUGAUUAACAAUUUUUCUUUGAAGUAUGUUGUUUUCUUAUACAA